ACCAAAAUAGAGAUGGAUGACCAAGAGAGCCACGUAAAGUUCAUCUGACAGUGACGAAAGGUGAUUUGCGCUUGACCACUUUUUGGACGUCAAACAUUCACAAUGGCGGUCGCUUCGCAUGGCAAAGUAUUUCUGGCGAUGAUGAUAAUGUGGACAUAUUUCCUCCCAUGUCCUACAAAGCAGAUACCAACUUGGGCUAUAGCAAAGGGGAAAAAACCACAAGGGAAGCACGAUGGUGAUAUMUUAUUGGAUGAAACAACUCUUCGACGAUUGGAGAACCCAGACGAACCCAACCCGGAGACAAGGAAUAUCAUCAAGAGUUCAACGUAUCACUGGCCUAAUGGUAUCGUUCCGUACGUCUUUGAUGAUGCAUUUGAACAAUACCCUCACGAGAAAAACAUGAUAUUGGGCGCCAUUGGCGAGAUGCAUAAAGUGUCCUGCGUUCGUUUUGUACAGAAGACAACAGAACAGUAUUACAUUACAUUCGUAAAAGGAUCAGGAUGUUCUUCGUAUGUUGGUCGSCUUCAAAUGGCUGCGCAACCUGUUUCUAUUGGUCAAGGAUGCGCURCUAUGGGRACUAUUCUCCAUGAAAUGCUUCACGUAUUGGGAUUCUUCCACACUUCAUCGCGAACAGAYAGGGAUUCUUACGUUAUYGUCAAGACGGCAAACAUAGCAUCGGGAUACGAGCACAAUUUUUGGAAGCUUACCGCUGAUCAAAUAGACAACCAGGGUGCUCCUUACGAACUGGGAUCACUCAUGCAUCCGUUCAGAAAUGCCUGGUCUAAAAAUGGCCAAAAUACAGUGGAAUCAAAAAAGGGCAGUGAUGUACCUUUGGGAAACAAAAACAUCAUGACUGCAGUAGACAUAGGACAACUGAAUACAUUGUAUAAAUGCAAUAAGAAUCUCUAUCCAGUUUGUUAUCAGUCACUUGGUAUCCAAGAUGGCCGCAUCCAAGAUUCUAAGUUUAGCGCAUCUUCUUUCAAGACCUAUCAUCAACCAAACCAAGCUAGRCUACACCUUAAAAGCACCGCYCAAGGGAAUGGGGCAUGGUGUCCUAGUUCRCCUAAAGCGGGUCAAUAUUUAACGAUCGAUCUUGGUUCGUACAAGUACAUCAACGGAAUCGCUACGCAGGGGUUUGUUAGUUUGUUUGGUAGUGAUUCGUGGGUAACACACUUCAAUUUCCACUUCAGUUACACUGGUGCAGAUCCAUGGUACAACUAUGCUACCUGGUACCCAAGUGGACUGAGCGCCAACUACGAUGCCUCGUCAGUACAAUACAACAAACUACCAAUUAGGAUUUCUGCUCGAUAUAUACGCAUCUUCCCCACAGCGUGGGUAUCAGACAUGUGCAUGCGCGUUGAGAUAUAUGGAUGCAACUACUAUUAAGGUUAAUGCAAGAGAAGCAACAGUUCGGCCAUCUAAAGAAAUUAAGGGAAAUAAAAACGAGAAACGAAAUCAUCCACAAUUAUCAGUAACUUCUGCAACCAACUGCAUCUUGUUUUUUGUUUGCUUGCUUUGUUUUUAAUCUAUUUUUUAAAGUUAAUGCUCUCUGAUUGGUUCCAAAUCAAAGAUGCCGAUGUUUCUCCACUGAGAAAAUCGGGCUCAAAAGUUCCCGGACAAGCAUAGGUCUUUAAUUACCUUGUAUCGUUGGGAUCGUUUCAUUUUUCGGGAUUAUCAAAUAUGGUUUCAAGAAUAUUGUACAGAAAGGUUAGAUCAGAUUUAUAUUCGACAUAAAUGUAGCGCUAGGGUGGUUUAUCUUGAAAACAAAUCAAGUGCAUAGAAUGCUGUCCAUACAGCUGGGAUUCCGUAUGGAUAGAAGAUUGUACAAACUGUAUUGUAAACAAAUUGAAUCACCCCAAAUUAAAAGUUAAUAGUUGUUGCGAUGAA